AUGGCAAGAAAAAUCAUUGGGUUUCACGGAUCUGCUGACGCCAAACUCAACUCUCUUGGAGCAUAUGUUACUUUGAUCACUCCAACUAAAUUGGAAGCGAAAGGAGGCAAGGGAGGCAACGAGUGGAAUGAUGGACCCGACUAUGAGGCUGUAACAAAGAUUCAUAUACGUGCUGGUGUAAAAGGCAUACAUAACAUCAAGUUCGACUAUGUAGACAAAGAUGGACAUCCGAAAGAGGGGCCAACGCAUGGUUCUACCUCGGGUGGAGGUUUCACGCUGGAGCCGGUACUGUUCGUUUGCUCAUCCAGCUGA